AGACUCGAAGUGGAGAACUACUGAAACGGAAUAUUUACAAUUUACUAUCUUAUUUGGAUUUCUGCAUUAUAAGUGCAGUAGCAACUGUUCAACUGCUGAAAAGGAAAUCGUGGUGGUUUUAUUAAUGUUUCAGGAGAAAGUCUAGUCCCCUUGUCCGUGCAGCUGAAGUGCACUCUUCGUGCACAAUGCGUGUGUGUGGUUGCAGCGCUCCGAACCUGCGGAGGUGGCUGCUGAGUGCUCUGUUGUUCUUGGCUGCUGUGCUGCCGACGAGCGGUGACUGCCCCAAAUCAUGCGCCUGCCACAUUCCCACUGAAGUGCACUGCACCUUCAGAUACCUGACCGCAAUACCUGACCACAUCCAGCCAGCUGUGGAAAGAAUUAACCUCGGGUACAACAGCAUAACUGUCUUGAGAGAAAAUGAUCUUUCAGGACUUGGAAACUUAGAGUUGUUGAUGCUGCAUAGCAACACUAUCCACAGUAUUGAUGACAGAGCCUUCCAAGACCUCAAGUCCUUACAGGUCCUGAAGGUGUCCUUUAAUAAAGUAAAGGAGAUCAAGAAAGAGACGUUCAAAGGCCUAGACAGUUUGCUGAGACUCCACAUUGACCACAACCACAUUGAAUUCAUCAGCCCAGAGGCUUUCUACGGCCUAACCAAACUACAGUUGGUCCAUCUCGAGGGUAACCACCUCCAGCAGCUCCACCCAGACACAUUCAUCACACUUACACACAGCCAAGUGUUCAAGAUAUCCUCCGUUAGAAACAUCCACCUGUCGGAUAACCUCCUCACAACUCUGCCUGAGGGUAUCUUCUCAGGCUGCAGCCAGUUGGAGAACCUCUUCCUUCAUGGCAACCGAUGGACAUGUGAUUGCCGUAUGAAGUGGUUCUCAAUGUGGGCACAAAGGAAUACAGGUGUGCUGAAAUGCAAGCGAGACAGGAGAUAUCCCAGAGGCCAGCUGUGUCCUGUUUGUGAAAAUCCUGCCCCUCACCACAACAGGCCUCUAUCUUUUCUCCCUGUUGAUGCCUUCACUUGUGCCAAACCAUGGAUCCAACCCCAUCUAAAGAGGAAAAACAUCAGCCUGGACGAGGGAGACUUUACUCCAGUUUCCCCUAAGGACUUCAUUGCCCCAUUAGGCUCCAUCCAAUUGAAGCUGACUGACCAGUUACACAGUGAUGCCAGUUUGUCCUGCACUGUCCAGAGGCCCUCUGCUCUCGAGAACCUGACACAUACCUUAGAGGAGGAGGAGGGAAACAAUGUCACUAUGCUUACUGCUAGCAUAAGUACAUAUUUGGUUUGUAACAUUGACUAUGAACACAUAGAGCAGCUGUGGCAGAUGCUUGCCACCUACAGUGACUCUCCCAUGAGACUGGAGAGGGGCUUAAUGCUGACGAGAAGCCCAGAAAUGGUGUACAGGUAUAGUCAGAUGAAGAAAACAAAUGAGGAAGAGGAAGGGAUGUAUACAAACAUUGAGGCUGAGAUUAAAGCCUCACCUGCAUGGUUGAUGCAGGGAGAGGUGAGCUUCCAGCUGGACCGCACUACUACCACUUUCUCUACUCUGCACAUUAAGUACGAGUCUGUGGUCAACCUACGAGUGGAAAACACAUCUCCUAAGAGGGACCGAUAUUCCUGGACCAUGAUCAAGCGAGACAAUAAAACACAGACUGAACACACUGUAGUUACAGGUGGUGUGGUGCAAUUGAGCUGUCAAAUCCAGGGUGAGCCAAAGCCUUUGUUGGAGUGGAUUUUACCAGAUGGAAGUAAGGUCAGAGCUCCUUUCUCCAGUGAUGACAGGAGGAUCAUAAUCACUGCUGAGGGGAAGCUCACUCUACGGGGUGCAGAUGCUUCAGACACUGGCCUCUACCGGUGCAUAACCACAAACUACCUGGAUGCAGAUGUCCUUGUCUUUCGAGUGACAGUUCUGUCCCCUGAUGUGGAAGAAUCUGAGGUUAACGGUGUCCAACUCUCACAGCCACUUGGAGAAAAUCUGUUUUUUGAAUGUAGCUCCUCAGGAAGCCCUGACGCCUUCGUCCAAUGGAUACUCCCUGACCACUCAGUAGUGGGCAGAUCUCAUGGGAACAGAAAAGUGUAUGAUAAUGGCACCUUGCUGGUUAAUGGUCUCACAGCAAGGGACAGUGGAUUUUAUAGAUGUUUAGUUUCUAACCACCUCGGAUUUGAUUUGCUCAUUUCUCAGGUGACAGUGACUGGAGAAACAGCUGAAAAGGUGACAGUUUUGGACAGUGAUGGAUCCGGGGUGGAAAUGGAAGACGAGGUUUACCUUAGCCUAACUGAAAACCCAGACACCCUCAAUGAGAUCCCCUCUUCCAGUCCCUCAGAUGGAACAAGUCAGGAAUCCAGGACCAUUACCUCAGAUCGGCCAUACCCCAGAAUCAGGUCACAGGUUGGGGUAGGUGCUGGAGGUAGACUCGGAAAGAAAAGGAAGGGCUCAGUCAGCAACAGACGCAUCUGGAGUAAGAGGGUGUUUGAUAAAUCUUCCAGGAAAGUGGACCCGCAGAAAUUUGCAGUAUUCAUGAAAAAGGCUCAAGAUGGUUUGCGAAUAAAGGCUGGUACAGAGGGAGAGGGGGUAAACUAUGAUCACUUGAAUACUGUUCUUUCUGGUGAUGGUGAAUUUGGCUCUGGUGAGGGUCAUAGUGAAGAUCAUCUGAUAAGAAUAGUGAAGGCAACCACAGAAAAUCCAAAGAAAGGUAUGAUAAUUGGACAAGAGAACAGGCAGCCUGAAACUAUAACAAUAACUCAUGCAGGUCAGGGUAGAAAUGCAGCAACAAUGGGGGCACAUCAAACAUUUGGCAUGGAAACCACUGUCAGCAAUGAUAUAGAUUUAAGUCAAGUGAUAGAAAACACAAACACACUUAGAACAGAGUUAUAUAUGCAGUCAGAUUUGACUCCAAUCAAGUCCACAUUUACACACAAGCCAUCAGAAAACAGGGAAACUCAGAGUGACGCAGCAACACCAUUUAGCACAAUUUUCAACACAGGGCCUUCAAGUUUGGAUGAAACUACUGAUUUCUAUGCCCAGGAAAGUACUACCAAGCAAGGCUCAAGCCGGCACCCUGUCACACUCCAACUCACUGUGACGGACACGUCACAAGAAACUCACGUCCAGUUCUCAGGAGAACAACCUGCAGAGUCAGAGACGUCAACUGGGGCUUUGCUUUCAUUUACCACAGACCCUCAUGUUACUCCCACGAUGGAUGGUCCAGGACCAUUGGAGCUCGUUGUUCACACAUCCACAGACCCAGAAAGCCAGACAACCUUCAUAGCCGUCAGCACCACAGAGAGAAAGCAAGAUGAGAUAACAUUCCACACUACCCAAACCAUCAAAUCCCCCCGCCUGCCACCAGGAUCCACCAUCAUCUCCCGUCAGCAGAUUCAAAUCAUCCCACACAAGAACAGCAGAGGUGGGGGGCGCAGGAGGACCUUUCAUGGCCGCAGGAGGAUCAUUAAACCCAAUAGGAUCACAGACAUACAGUCCUUCAUCAAUAAAGUGAAACAGCCCUCAAUAAAAAAGGAAGGGAACUCCACAGUGCCAUAUAGAAUUGAACUGACCACAGCGUUUGAGUGUGAUGAAGACAAAAAGAAGACUGAAACCACUGAUUUGCAGAUGGUUAAACCAACAGCUCCAUCUGGUUCAUUUUUACACAGGACCGACAGACCUUCCUCUACACAAAGAACUGCAGCUUCUACCACAAAAUAUGACAUUAGUGGUUACAUAACCUCUGUCCCUGAGUUUGACCCUACAAUAGAACCAUUUUUGUCAAUCUCCACCUCAACCACUACUACAACUGCCUCAAAUGUCAUCCUUGGAAGAAUACCAUGGAACCGGCUGUUUGGAGGCAGGGAGCGAGAAAAUGUACUUGGCAGGCUUAGGAGGCCACUUAACACCCAAAAAAACAUAGCUACAACUGACACUACAAUGGAGACAACAACCACAACCCCUGAUGCUUUGCCGCCCUCUACUGCAAACUUCCUAUCAGAGUCCCGGACCAGACACGCAGAAGGCAAAAAGGGCUCAUUAGAUGACGACUAUGAAGAUUUAUCCUCUGCAGUCUUUGAAUUCACAACACUGCAACCUAGCUUUCACCAUCUAACUACUCCCGGCCCAUACUAUACCUCCAAGUCUGCCACCACUGCUGAAACACCACCCACAUCACAGACACUAACUUCCCCCCUUCCUGUCAAACCACCUUUAGUUGAAAAUCCUGAUGAAGACUUAUCAUCUGGGUCUGGGGGACUACCUGAUAGUUUGUUUGUAUUCAGACAGACGCCUGGUGGGACAAGAAGACAACCAGGGCGUAGAAGGAGGCCCUUCAGAGGCAGGAGGCCCUUCAAGAAACCUGCAAUCACUAAAUUGAACCCUACUAGCACAACUGAGGCUUUAACUACAACUAUGGAAACUACAUUGCAGACAACAACACUGCCAAAACUGACUUUUUCACCCUACAACCCCCUUUACACACCAUCUAGGAAAGAGGACAGAACUCCAGUAGUUAUUUCCGCUGACCAAACAUCAACGGAUGAGACUGACUUCUAUGAGGAAUUUGAUUGGAGCAAAUCUCGCAGUUUACCUGCCUAUACUACAACCAGGCCCCCUUUGAUCCCUUCAACCACAUUAAGCCCUACCACCUCAUUUAUGCCAAUUACCACAAAAAAAUGGCCCUACACUACGGCUGGAAACGAAGUCCACAGCACCAUCCGAACACCAACACAGAGGAACACUGGUCCCACCACUCUUAGACCACCAGUGAGGAAAAGAAGACCUACUGUGCAGAGUAGUGGUGACAUUGCAGAUAAAGAACUUGACACAAUGACCAUCCUGACAGAGGAACACGGACUUCCUGACAAUACUGGCCGGUACAACAACAUAGGCCCACGCUAUGAGAUCUCGACUGCUCAUGAACAUGUCACUGGCAAUGAAGCUGGCUUUGAACCCACUACAAAUAUUAUGACCAACAAACCUAAGAUAGUUGGGGGCAAUGCAGCAAGCUUCACCGUGUUAUCCAACUCUGAUGCUUUCCUGCCAUGCGAGGCAGUUGGAAAUCCUGACCCAGCUAUAUCUUGGAAACGCUUCUCCUCAACCACAGGAAACACCGUUACUGUUAAAGGGAGGAUGGGCAAGUUUGAAGUAUUGAUCAAUGGCACACUGUUUAUCCAGAAUGCCAACAUUAAGGAUCGUGGCCAGUACAUCUGUUUAGCUGAGAAUGAUUAUGGAUCAGAUAAACUUCUUGUGACUCUGUCUGUGGUGGCCUACCCCUCACGCAUCCUGGAGCCAAAAAUGCGUGAGAUAAAGACACAUGCAGGUAACACUGUUGAGAUGAAAUGCAGAGCAGAGGGUCGCCCCUCACCCAUGUUAUCCUGGAUCCUUGCCAACCGAACCCAGGUCAAGGGUCAAAACACAGAGAAGGGAAGGGUAUCAGUUUCUGCUGACGGGACUCUGGUCAUUGAGGAGGUGUCUGUUUAUGACAGAGGUCAUUACAAAUGUAUUGCCAGCAAUCCAGCUGGGGCUGAUACUGCUACAGUCCGUCUGCAGGUGGUGGCAUCUCCCCCAGGUAUUGUGGAGGACAAACGGCAGCAGGUAAAAGCAGGUGUAAACCAACAUUUGUGGCUACCCUGUACUGGUCAAGGCAGCCCUCAGCCUACUAUCCACUGGGUCGUCCAUGAUGGAACAAUGGUACAAUAUAACAGACCUGCCAGUGACACAAGGAUAUCAGUGUAUGGAAAUGGAACACUAUACAUCAAGGAUGUGGCUCCAACAGACAGUGGCAAGUUUGAAUGUAUUGCUACCAGCUCUACCGGCUCAGAGAGGAGAGUAGUGACCCUGACAGUAGAGAGGCAAGAGUCUGCACCUCAAAUAGUGGAGACAUCCCAGCGUUUGACAGUGUUGUUCUUUGAGGACCAGCUGAGACUAAACUGUUCAGCUACAGGAGACCCCAAACCCCAAGUCCUAUGGAGGCUGCCCUCUAAAGCUAUAGUGGACCAGUGGCACAGGAUGGGCAGCAGAAUUCAGGUCUUGGAAAAUGGUACUCUUAUUGUAACCGCUAUGAGUGAUAAAGAUGCUGGAGACUAUCUCUGUGUGGCGCGAAACAAGAUUGGUGAUGAUCUCCAUCUUAUGAAGGUCAGUGUGUCAAUGAAGGCAGCCAAGAUAGAGCCGAAGCACUAUGGAAAGAAGAAUGUACCCUAUGGUAACGACUUUAAGGUCGACUGUAAAGCCUCUGGUGCACCAAAGCCAGAGAUCUCCUGGGGUCUACCAGACGGUACAGUGGUCAACAGCGCUCUUCAAUCUGAUGCUAGCAGUGGACAAGGAAGAGCACGGCGCUAUACACUUUUUGACAAUGGAACUCUCUACCUAAACCAGGUCAGUAUGUCAGAAGAAGGGGAUUACACAUGCUAUGCUGAGAACCAGGUGGGUAAGGAUGAGAUGCAUUUACAUAUAACCGUGGUGACUGCUGCCCCAAGAAUACGUCCAACUGACCAGACAUAUGCAAGAGUGAAGCCUGGAGGGAACAUCCGCUUUGACUGUGAAGCACUCGGUGAGCCCAAACCCAAAAUCCUGUGGAUGUUGCCCACCAACGACGUCAUUGCAGCAUCUAAUGAACGCUACCUAAUGCAUGUCAAUGGCUCCCUGGAUAUUAGGGAUGUGAAGCUUGUUGAUGUUGGGGAGUAUAUCUGUAUGGCUCGAAACCCUGCUGGAGAAAAUAGAAAAGUAUACAAGCUUGAUAUGGAAGGAAAUCCACCAGUCAUUAAUGGCUACCGGCAGAACAGGACAGUAAUCAAAGAAGUCGCUGCCAAAUACUCCAGGAAAUUAAUAGACUGUAAGGCUGAUGGCGAUCCUACGCCUAGUAUCACUUGGAUUAUGCCUGAUAACAUUUUUAUAAAAGCUCCAUACUUUGGCAGCAGGAUUAAUGUCCACCAUAAUGGGACAUUAGAGAUUCGUAAUGUGCGGCCAACUGAUACAGCUGAGUUCAUCUGCAUGGCCAGGAAUGAUGGAGGAGAGGCAGUAAUGGUGGUGCAGCUCGAGGUUAGUAGUAUUCUCAGGAGGCCAAUCUUCAAAAACCCUUUCAACGAACGCAUUGUGUCUCGGAUUGGGAAAACCACAGUUCUAAACUGUUCUGCUGAUGGGUACCCAAUGCCAGAGAUCAGUUGGACUUUGCCAAAUGGAACACGGUUGACUAGAGGUCACCCCCAAGUGAGUGAAAACGGGACUUUAGUUAUCUACAACCCUGGCAAAGAGAAUGCUGGGAAGUACCGCUGUGGUGCUAAGAAUUUCAUGGGCUACAUAGAGAAGCUAAUUAUUUUGGAUGUCGGGCAGCCUUACAUCCUAACAAGACCUAGAGGCAUGAUACGCAGUGUUGCUGGAGAACCUCUUUUCAUCCAUUGUCUUUCUGAUGGAAGUCCAAGACCCCACAUUUACUGGACCAUUCCUGGUGGCCACAUUCUUACUCAGCCUCAAGUCUCUGGGCGCUUCCAGGUACUACAGAAUGGUACUUUAAUUGUUCAGGAUACAACUAUCCAUGACCAAGGGAACUACAUCUGCAAGGCUCGGAGCAGUGCUGGAGAGGCUGUGCUCACUGUUCCUGUUAUUGUCAUCGCCUACCCUCCGCGGAUCACAACAGGUCCACCGCCCAGUGUGAUGGGAGUGACCGGGACACCUAUUCAACUCAAUUGUGCCACCAUUGGGAUCCCCAAGCCAGAGAUUAUCUGGGAGUUGCCCGAUCAUUCAGUUCUGUCAACCGCAAAACAGGGCCGGCCCAUGGGUAGCGAACUGCUUCAUCCUCAGGGCACACUUAUCAUUCAGAGGCCCAAAGCCACAGACUCUGGCACAUACAAGUGCCUGGCCAAGAACAGCCUGGGUACAGACUCAAAGGUCACAUAUGUGCGAAUAUUGUGAGAAAAAGACAAGACCAAUGGAGGACUAUGGCAUAACCAACAUUACCGGACAAUAAGGCAUUUGUCUUUGAGGAACAUUGCACAUUUUCACAUGUGGAUUAAUGAUGAUUACGGCUUCUGGAACAUUGUAAAAAAAAAAAAAGCGACAAAUUUAGAUGAAAAAAAUAAA